AUGAACGACCCACCUUCGGACGCAACACCGCCAACCUACGUGAACCACCCGUUGUGGAGUCGCUUCCUGCGCUGGUCCACAAUACGACCCAAGAAUAAAGGCUUGACCCGCACUAAUAGUCUUGUGGCUGCCGCGUACAAUGCCGGCGAAGAAGAGAGACUGAGCUUACUCCCAGAACAUCGGUACAUUCCGCUACCGGACCCACUCAGCUUCAUCAGACUUGCCACGAUCUUACCUGGAGAGUUUGACGACGAGAUCCGGAUCCGGCUUGAUCAUCAUGUCUUGAGGCCUCCGUCUAGAGCCAAACCUCCGCGACUGACGCUGGCCGAGAUCAGAGAUCAUAUGCCCAAAGGCUGGGAAGCUUUCCAGACGAUCACCGAACACAAAUACUUCUUUCGAAACGUGGAGACGGGCGAUAUACAAUGGAACCACCCGGAUCCAGACUUUCAUAUCGAGCAGUACAAGUCGAUACCGGAGAGCGAUGGCGUGGUACCAAGAUAUGAGACAGUAUCCUACGUCUGGGGAGACUCAAGCAAGAGCGAAAUUAUCACCGUCGAAGGCCCGAAUGGUCCAGCGAAACUGUACGUCACGAAGAGCUUAACCACGGUGGUCCGAUUUCUACGCUACCCUGGUCAAACGAGAACACUAUGGAUCGAUGCAAUCUGCCUCAAUCAAAGUGACAACGACGAGUUGAACAAGCAGGUGCCACGAAUGCACGAUAUAUACAGGUUGGCUUGGAUGAGCACGCUGUGGUUGGGGACAGAAGACGCCAGCAGCACCUUAGCGCUGCGCACAUUCCGCUACCUGGGCAAUCAGAUCGUUGCCGAAGCGGACACUGGGCUCCUUUUCAGCGCUCCCGGCGCGGAAGAGAAGGAUUGGUACGACCCUGACUUCAAGUUGCCUUACACACCCGAGACAUGGGAUAGCAUACACACUCUGCUCCAGCGUCCAUGGUUCCAUCGCUUGUGGGUUGUACAAGAGAUUCGCCCGACUGCUGUAGUGCAGUGUGGAUAUGAGAGAGUGCCGGUCGCUCCGUUCACUGAAGCAGUUUAUUGCUUAUACUCGAAAGCGACUGUACCAGAUGGCCUUCGAGAACGUUUAGAGCAGGCUACGGGUACAAUGGCGCGGCUACCAGCCCUAUGCUUCACACGACUACUCUAUCGCGCAGCCACUUUCAAGGCAUGUACCGACCCUAGGGACAAGAUCUAUGGACUGCUUGGUCUCGCUCCACACAAGGUCGCGGCAAGCAUCAAAGUCGAGUACGACGAUAACAACACCGGGGCAGACGUGUAUGCCAUGACAGUACUCAACCACGCCGGGAUAUCGCAGCGACUGGAGCAUUUCCACAAUUGCUCUAAUAAUGGACAGGUCACCGCUGAUGCGCCGACAUGGGUACCCGACUGGGCGUCAGACAUCCCCGGCGAGACCUACAUACCUGCUCAGUUCGCGGCUACUAGCUCGCGGGCUCACUAUACGGUGACCAACGCGGAGAACACCCAGCCAGGAAACAAGACGAGACCGGAAAUCCUUCGAGUACGUGGAGUGCGAUGUGCGGAGGUAAGCCAGGUAAGCACGCCUUUGCCAGCGUGGCUCGAUAGGCGGGAAGCGAUCCGUCGCGUCAGGGAGUGGCAGCCGGGCGAUCUGGAUGCUAUCUACGGACCUACGAACGAGCCGAUGAGGAAGGCACAUGCUCUUACCCUCAACUGCAGCAUCACGAAAGAGCGCGAGCCAGAUUGGAUACUCAGCUCGACGAACGCUUGGGUCGGCCAGGACUUCGGUGAUCAAGCACUCUUUGGUCAAAGCGAGACGGAGUUGCCGAGCUCCGCAAUUAGAAGUGAUGUCUCGGACGCCCUUCAAUGUUGUGCUGAUCGCCUCUUCUUCCGUACCAAAGAAGGAUACGUUGGCCUUGCACCGUCAAAUACCCGGGUCGGCGACAUCAUCGCGAUCUUGCUCGGCUGCUCUACACCUCUGGCGUUGCGACCGAGCUCCCGCGGUCCCGACUACUACACCGUUGUUGGUGAAUGCUUCGUAUACGGUCUACAAGAUGGUAAUAUGCUCCUCGGCUCACUACCUUCACCGUGGCUAGGCAUGGCAGCCUGGGCCGAAGGUGAUCGCCGCGUUUUGAGAUUUUUGAACACCGAUACUCAGGAAGUGAGUAUCGAAGACCCACGAUUGUCUGUCGAUGAUCUUGAGGGUUGGGAGAGGACGGCCAAGUUGGUGGAUGGUGACGACCCUACGAACUACGACUUCUUUCGGAACAAGGAAACGGGUGAGCUCAUUAAUUACGACCCGCGGCUCGAACCGGAGAAGCUGGAGAAGAGGGGUGUGAAGCUGGAGUGGUUUUCAUUGCCAGGUGAAGGUGAAGGCCAAGGUGACUUCGACCUUGUUGUGGUAGACACUAGCGGGGACGCUAGGAGCACUCAGCACAAUAUGGAGCCCGUCAUCGAACCCCUACACCGCUAUGCAUUCAGCUUCGCCCUCAUUGGCGUCGAGGCGCCAGCUCUCCAGGAUCAUACACUACUUCGCGUGCAGAAUUGGAGCUCGAGCGCAACAAUUGUGGAUCGACGGGUUGACACAACAGCAGAAGCCUCAUCAGAAGAGAAGACGAUGGCGGACAACGACCAGAAGGAUCUAGGUCUCUGGGUCGGGGUUCGACCGGCCAGGGCCGAUGUGCUGCGCCAACAAGCUGCCAAGCCUGUUGGUAACGACACCGAGGCACAGGCAGCUCUCGCCAUACUCAAGGACAUCACGAUCAAAAAGGCUUCAUCGGUAGAAUCAGUCAUGCGCCUCAAUAGCCUUCCAAUCUGGCCGCUGAAGGACGGCAUGACACGGGUGGUAGUCCGGUACAACUCUAUGCAAGCAGAUCGUCUGCUAUUCUACGAGCUGAUCAACCGCGACCCGUUGACCAAUCUAUGUGAAGCACACCCCAUCGAGGCUCAGGACUGCUUCUUCUUCCGUCGGUACCGAGUCGACAAGUCAUCCACAUGGGUUGACCGUCGAAACAAAUGGACUCAGGUGAUCAAGGAAUAUCUCGCGGAACACUUCAACACGCCUCCCAAGAACGAAGGCUUCCGCCCUGCAAAGUCACAUGCGCGUGUUGAGUUCCCGCUCGAGAUCAGCCAGAGCAUCGACCUGCAAUCGAUGGCCAAUCAGUACGCCGCGACGGGCGCUCCUUGGCUGUUGGACGCGAUGGAGCGAGCCAUCUUGAGGUCAGAAGACGACUUCAAGGAUGCAGAGAUACCUCAACUUAUCGCCAUCUACCGUCUCAUAGAUCUGCACCACGAGUUCGAAGACGGCGACGCGAAAGAGGCUCACCGCUGGCUCACGGACAUGUUUCCUGGCCUAAUGAAGACCGGCACAUUGACACCCGAGAACGUCUCCAAAUACGCAGCAUACCUCCGCGACACCGAAACCCGCGUCACUUACGGCGACAUCCGCACAGGCUUGGGGGCGUACCUCUGUCUGCUAGAUGACAAGACGUUUGCUACAGCAGCCACCAACUCUGCGAUCGCCAAAGAGAUUGCGCUGAUGCGCCUUUUUAUGCAUGAGGAAGUCCAGGGACCGCCUCCAAAGUGCACCAAGGUGAACACCAACCUAGAGCACUGGCUCAGCGACCACGUCAGAAUGAUGCAACGCAUCGUGGACGCGCAUGCCGACUCUCUCACCGGUAUUGUCGACUACCACGGCACAGCCGCAUGCCCCGAUAACCUAGACGACCUCUGGAUGAACGCCGGAAACUCGCCUGAUACCGACGGAGCGAAAUUCUUCGCCUUGCAGGCCAGCCGGUUCUUCGCCAAGGAGAUUAUCGCAAAGUACGAUGUCACGACCAAGAACAUCGAGAAAUACAUACAGAUACGCAAGCAAGCGCUUAAGGACCUUGCUGCUGGGGGCGACGAACCUGCUGAGGAAGAGGAUUGA